AUGAGCAUCGGCGAACUGAAGGCCCUGGGGACUGAAGUUGCUGAGCUCAAAAAAAAAUUAGCAAAGUUGCGUUUAGAGUUUUCCUCCCUCAAACGAUUUUUGUUAGAGAAAGAGUCUGGUGAAUCCGAAAGUUCUUUUUCUUUUGUUUCAGAACCACCCCUUGCUGGCCCACGGGCCGAACUGUCAGCUGCAGCUGCUGAUUUGUUCCCACAGCCAUCUUGGUGUGGGAAUGUCUCCUGCAGUGGUUCGAGAUCCAGCCCCGCUUCUACCAUCUCUUGGGAGCGUCGUCUGGAAAUUAGCCGUGAGGUUGGCAGGUUCUUGGCUCGUGCAGUAAGAUCGGAGUACCGUGGCUCUUCUGGCAGAGAGAAGAUCCCCUUAGCAUCUCGUUUCUGGUUGGUGGCGAGAAGCUUCCACGGCGAGGUGCUCAAUCCCAUUCGUGUCUUCUCCAAGUGGGGCCUUGCCAAGGAACUGGUGAAACGCGGCUCUGAGUGUGGCGAAUCGGUCUUCGUGGGGCUUCCAUCGCAGCGUGAGAUUGGGUGUGCCAUUGCGGUCUUGGUGUGUGUUCCUUUUUCAGCAUGGCAUCGUCAAGUGAGCCGCCGUGUCCUGAAAGCUACGUUGACAAAGCCAAGUGCAGUGGAAGUUUUGGCAGUUCCAGAAGAAUCUCGAGAAGAGCCUCAGGAAGAAGCCAAAUGCAUGAAGGUGUGGGUCGGUUUGAUCACCCACGAAUUGGUGGGGCAUGUGCAUUGGGACGAAGAUCCCGGAGCAGCAGAAUGUGCUUUCACUCUAGAUGGUGUGCAAGGGUUUGUGCCUUUUGCCAAAUCUUUGGCGGAUGCAGCUUCCGAGCAUUUUGCGUUCCUCUCAGCAGAGAGCAUGGAAGCGUCUGGUCUGGAUCUCAAAAGCUGGGCUCUCGCAUGGACAGGUGUCAGUUUGGAGAACCCGUAUCCAGACCUGGAUCCGGGCAUGGUGGAGGCGGCGUUAGCGUUUGGCAUAGAGAAGUCUUCUUUGGAGCAGAUGCAAGCAUUGGUGAGCAAAGGUUUGAAGAAGAAUGUGAAGCUUACCGACCCCUUUCUGGGGAACCUAGCCGACCCUCUUUCUGAGAGCGAAGGCGAGGUGCCAGAAGAGGAAGACGGGUCUGUGUUUGCGCCAAUUUCUUCGGACCCCGUUGCAGCUGCGCUUGGGAAACUGACGGAGAUUGCGGGGGUGCUUGCAGAAGACCGGAAAAAGAAGCCUUCUGUUUCAAAACUGGAAGCUGCUCUGGAUUCUGCGCAUGGCGGACACAGCGAAGUUGCGGUGGGGGGUGGAAAACGUUUUGCAGCAGCUUGGCGAGCUUUUCGCGUGAUUCUGAGGGACGCCCCAGGGGACGUUUCUGAUUUGCAGGGAGCCACAGUGACUCCGGGGCAGCCCGCGCCUAUGCUGAGCAGCAGGGUGUGGGUCGAACACAGAAGUCGCAUAGGGGCUUACAAGACUUCAGCCCAUGCAGCCUGGACGAUGUCGGGGGCUCUGGAUUGCUUGUUCAAAGGCGAUGUCCCAGGAUGCAGAGCGCGUUUGAAUCUGGGGCUUCUUCAACUGGACCAGACUGCGAUCGACAAGGGGAAUUGGGUGUUAGCCUCAGGCCUUUCUUUGGAACCACCUCCUCCUUUUGCAUCUCUGGCUCAGCAUGUGCUUCCGGAUCCAGCCAGGGGAGACCUCCCUUUCUCUCGACUGUUGGACCCUCGGUGGGCAGAAAUUUCAGUUACAGCUUGUAUGAUGGGGCGUGCGGCCUCCAAAUUUGAGACUUUUGAGGAUGAGGUCGCCGCUUUGCAUGCUUGUGCUGAGAAGUUGCAACCCGAGAAGGGCUUUGCUUAUUUUCCCUGGGUCUGUAAAGACCAAGGCCUGUUCGCUGUAGGGAAGGAUGCCCUGCUUGAUCGUGUGAUUUUGGACGGCCGUCCUGCCAACUGUUUGGUGCAAAAGCUGGACUCUUGGACUGCUUCUAUGGCUUCAGCUACAUGUUUGGUGGAUAUAUGCGUUGGUCCAGGAGAAGUGUUGUUGUGCUCUGGAGAAGAUCUUCGCGACUUCUUCUACCAGUUCAAAGUCACUCCCUCUAGGACAGCACGUAACACCUUGGCCGAGCCCCUAAAUUUAGCAGAAGCUGAUAAAGUUUUUGGCAAACAGUUUGAGGAUGGCAGGGGUUUGACCUACUGCGGGUUGAGCUCUUUAGCCAUGGGCGACACCAAUGCCUGCGAGUUUGCGCAAGCUAGUCACCUUGCCAUGAUGUUGUUUCAUGAAGUUCUCUUUUCUCACGAAGUUGACGGUGAAGCCGGCAUCGUGCGGGCCUCCAGCCUACGCUUGUGGCCUCUGAUUCAGAUUUGCUGUCAAAUUUGCGAGAUUGGAUGGUGCUCGGUGAGUUUGCUGGAAGCCAUUGCGGGAUCAUGGGUAUCUAUUUUUGGUUUGCGCAAGCGGUUGCUGUGUUUGAUGGACAUCAUUUUUGAGCCGCUUAGCAUCGAGGAAAAAUCCUUGGUUUUGCAGCUUUCAGAUGAAUUCAUUUCAGAGCUUUGGAGCUUGAUUCUGGUAGGACCUCUGAGUGGAGUUAACCUCAGGGCUCAAUACGCUUCCUAUGUGACAGCCACAGAUGCUUCUUUGGAUUGGCUAGCUGCUGUGCGAGCUCCUUUAGAGGCUAGUCUUGUUGAGGAAUUCAGCCGCAGAAGUUUGAAGAGAGGAGCUUGGGCCCAAUCGUUGUCGCCGGGCAAAAGUUGGUUGGGAAGUCAAGGUGUCUUGCCAGAGGAAAAUGAACUGCCAUCUGGAGUGUAUGACACGCAUCCCCUCUGGACUUUGCUAGCUCGUGGUUUGCACUAUUCUGAGAUGUGGAGGUUGAAGGUUGCCGUUCCCACACAUAUCAAUGUCCUGGAAAUGAAAUCUUUUCUACGAGAAGAACGCUUGAUCUCCUAUAAGCAAAAGCAUGUGAGAUGUCUAAUCGGCUUAGAUUCACAGGUUUGCUUAGGUGCUCUUUGCAAAGGACGAGCUGGGUCCAUCACUUUGAACCGAGAAAUGCGGCGCAACGUUCCUCACAUUUUGGGUUCUGACCUCUACUCUUUGUUUAUGUAUUUUCCUUCUGCGGUGAACAGAGCUGAUGACCCAACGAGACAUUCCAUUCCUCGAGGCCCUGACGUUGAUCUUCCAUUCUGGUGGUCGGGCGCGCUGCAUGGAGACUUUUCUGGCCAUGAUGCGUGGAUUAAAGGUGUUGAGGAGGAUGUCUUUAAAGCUCCCUUUGACCUCACUACCUUGAAGUCUACUUUUUCUCCUUUAUUUGCAACUGCUCGAGAAAGGCACGACGGAGGGCUCGUCAAAAGGCAGCUACGUGUUGAGGAGAAGUUGUCCUCGCGACCGAGCGCGAAUUUGUCCUCGCGGCCAAGCACGAAUUUGUCCUCGCAGCCGAGCGCGAAGUUGUCCUCGCAGCCCGAGCGCGAAGUUGUCCACGCGCACGAGCGCGAAUACGAUAUCCUUGCGACCGAGCGCGAAUGUGUCCUGGCCCAUGAGGGCGUUUACAAUAUCUGCAGAGCGGACGAAGACCUCCUUGAUGAGAAGGUGCGCAUGCAGAUUGUCGUGUUGCUACGAGGCGGUUGCUUCAGAACCUUGGGAGCAGCCAUCAUUUGUGAGGAUGUUCUUGAGGAUGUUCCUUUGAUUUCAGCAGCUACUGCAGCUCUAGAGGCGAAAGUUCUUUGCGCUUUCAUCAACUGGGGUUGCAAAAGCAUCGAAUCGAAUGUGCUGCAUCACAUGUUCGAGAUCUCCCCGUAUUUCGUGAGUCAGACAGUAUGCGCUUAUGGCCGAGAUCUUUUUGCAGCUUGA